CAUUUCAUUUCACUGUACAUUUGAAACUCCAGAACUCGCAGAGCUCCAGAGAGAAAGAGAAAUCGUUAGACAAAUUUCUAGGGUUUUCUCUGCGCGAUCAAAUUUAGGUUUCGAAAAUGCAAAAGCUAGGGUUUCCGGGCAUGAGGAACUUGGAUCAAUUCAAGUCCCUCUCCAAAUCGGUUUCAGGAGCUCCGAAGAUAUUCUCUUACUCUUCGCGUCCUCCAGAUUCGAUCGCUUCGGGAAGCUUCGCAAAUUUGAAGCUCACUGCAGAGAAAUUAGUGAAAGAGCAAGCUUCAGUGAAAACUGAUCUCGAAAUGGCGAACAAUAAGCUGAAAAAAUCAGUGGAGCAUAUUCGUGCAUUAGAGGAAAAAUUGCAGAAUGCUUUCAAUGAAAAUGCUAAGCUUAAGGUGAAGCAGAAGGAAGACGAAAAGAUGUGGAAAGGAUUGGAGUCUAAGUUUUCUUCAACGAAAACUCUGUGCGAUCAACUGACGGAAACUUUGCAGCUUUUAGCUGGUCAGGUUCAGGAUGCUGAGAAAGAUAAAGAGUCCUUUGAAUGCAAACUCUCUGCAAGUUCCAUAGCUCUUGACGGUUUAAAUCAGCAGAUGGAUGGUCUAUCUCUAAAAUUAGAGUCUGCAGAGGAACUUAUAAGGAACCGUGAAAAGGAGCUUGAGGAACUCAAAAUUGAUAAUGAAGAAAGGGAUAGAUCUUAUCAAGAUGAGCGAAGAAGAAAUGCAAAUCUCAUAGAUGAAAAAGAUGCCAUGCUUAAGAACUUUGAGGCAACUCUAGCAACUAAUAGGUUGGCUACAGAGAGUUUGAACUCUAAGUUGGGUGAGGUGCAGCUUGAGUUAAAGUUAAAAGAGGAUGAAAUUAAACGUUUGAUAACUGCUCAGGAGAACUUGGAAAUGGAAAAACACAAUGUUCAGUUGAGCAACGAUGACCUUGUUAAGAGAUUCGAUAUGUCAGUCCUUGAGAUAAGAAACCUUGAAGGGUUCGUUCAUGUGUUGGCUGCACACCUGGCUGAAUUGGAUAAACAAAGUUUGGAUUUUCUUGACAAGUUUGAUAAGCUAAACUCUCUCUACGACACUUGCUUCAAGAUGGUCCAGCAGGAGAGAGACCUUUGUGCCAAGCUUGCUCAGAGACAGUAUGAUCAACUGCAUGAUGCAUUUCUGAACAUAACAUCAGAAAAAGAUGCUAUACAAUUGCUAAAUCAGGAGUUGAACAAUAAGGUCAUCGAACUUCAGAAAGUUCAGGAGUCUGUUAUGGCACAACUAUCAGAGGAAUGCAGUAUAGCCAGAGAGAGGAUAGAGAAUUUGGAGUCUGAAGCAGAGAUUCAGGUCUCAAAGAAGAUUGAAACAGAGAAGGUGGUCUCCAAAUUAGAACUGCAAAUUCAUUCUCUGUCAGAAAGUUUAAGAUUGUCAGAGAAUAAAAUGCAAGAUCUGUUGCUGAAAAUGUCAGCUUUAGAAACUGAGAAUAAAGAUAAUACAGAGAAAUUACAAGCAGAGACACAGAAAAAAGAUGAACAAAUAGACGGUCUACUAAAGGAAGGUAAAAAACAUGAAGAGCAAGUGGAUCUGAUGGAUAAACAAGUCAACCAGCUCCAGAGCAUGCUAGAGGAAAAGGAGCAACUUAUUCUGGAAUAUAAGGAACGAGAGAAGAAUCUCGAAGAACAGAUUUCAGAGAACAAGGCAUUGUUGACCGCUGCUGAAAGUAGACUUGUGGAAGAUAAGAAGCAAUAUGAUCUCAUGCUAGAGAGUAAACAACUGGAAUUAUCAAGGCAUUUGAAAGAUAUCUCUCAGAGGAAUGAUCAGGCAAUUAAUGACAUCCGGAAGAAGUAUGAGGUCGAGAAGCUGGAGAUAGUUAACAUGGAAAAGGAAAAGGCUGAAAAACUUGUUGGAGAAAGGGAGAAAGAAUGUGAGAAAAAACUUGAAGAAUGCAAAGAAGAAUCGAGGCAGUACUUGAUGCACGUUCAGGAGGAACACACUACUCUGGUCAGUCGCAUUCAGCAGGAACAUGAUAGGAAGGAACUGAAUCUAAAAUCUGAACACAGCGAAGAGCUAAAGCAUUUCCAACUGCAAGCUGAAAACGAAUUAAGAGAGAAAAUAACUUCAAUGAGGAGCGAACAUGAAGCCGAGCUGAGAGGUUUGAGGCUUCAGCAUGAAGAUGAGUGUAGAAAGCUGCAGGGUGAAUUGGAUCUUCAAAAGUCCAAAGAGGAGAAGCAGAGGGCAUUACUGCAAAUGCAGUGGAGAGUUAUGGGUAAUAAGCCACAAGAGGACCAGGAAGUGAAUUCAAAGAAGGAUUACUCCAUUUCUUCAAGGCAGAUGAGAAACACGGUUAGUAGAAAAAGAAGUCAGCAUUCUCUUGUAAGACCAGAGAACGACGGAAAGGAGUCACCUUUACUGGAAGUAACACAAACACCAAUGUCAAAGUUGUUGAAGAAAGUAGAGAACAUAAACACAGGAAGUGUACUGAGUAUUCCACAGAAUCACAAAAAGGUAACUCAUCGGGAGUAUGAAGUUGAAACUAGUAAUGGAAGAACAAUCACGAAACGAAGGAAAACAAGAAGCACAGUAAUGUUUGAAGAUCCAACAAAACAUAAAAGGACGAGAACACCAAAAGUUGCUACUCCCAGGAUUGUUGUUAAGGGAUCUAAGGGAGGAGGUCAACCACAACCAUCAACCAUUGGUGACUUGUUUUCAGAAGGGUCUCUAAAUCCAUAUGCAGAUGAUCCCUAUGCAUUUGAUUAAGGGAUGAGAUCUCUGUGGUUCCUCCCAACUGCAUCAGUCACAGCAGGCUGGCAUAUGAUCUGAUCGACGUACAGGGUUUCUGUUGUACCAGCGGCUUCCUCUUGUAUAUAUGUAGAUAGAAACUAUGGCAUUUUACUGAUUUUCUGGUUCUGUUUGGAUUGCUUUGUCACUGCUGAACUCUUGUCAGUAUUGGAUUAAUUGCAUUUGCGCUCUGUAAAUAGAUGUUAAAUUGAUCCCCAAAAUUCACCAUGGGCCUUCCAUGUAGGCUGAAAAUUUACUUGAACAUGAA